AUGCAGGAGCCUUGCUGCCGGUUAACUCUUCUCACUUCCGCCAACGCCGUCUAUGUUAUCGGCAACGGUAAUGCAACACACCAUUAAACGCAUUCCAUCUCCUUUUCUCCUUUUUGUUUUUCUUCCCUUUUUUCUUCUAAAUGCGCACUAUGCACCAGCAUUGUGUGUGUGAUAUGUCCACCGAGUUUUGCUUUGAGACUGAAUGGAGCGACCUCACUGACGGUUGUAUUAUUGUGGUGUCAGGAUGAUUUACCUUUAUAUGGAAUUUUUGUCUCUAGUAAACAGUUUUGAAUGCAUGAAAUUCAUCAUAUCCCACCACAGUAUGUUUUUAAAUCUUGGCCUCAUCUAUAAAGUGACUCCACUGUAAGCCGGUGAAAGACGUUGCCUUUGCAUGAAUUUUAAGGAAUAAUCCGUAGAAUAUCAAACAACUUAUGCAGCGCUGACAAAAACUCUAUGUACAAUAUUCCAUUUGACUUAUUCACCUUCCUUAGGUAGAGGACUGAAGACUGGGAAAGACGUUAACUUGACAUGUUUUUUUCCCUAAAUGGCCACUCUGCAGCACUUAUGUGAAUACUGCCUAUGCCUCUUUGUUUCCUUCUUUCUCUUUUGUGGAAUCUUCUUUUUCGUAACCGACCUUCAUUAAAAUAUUUUUGAAUUUGUAGGCACAUCCGGCGAGCCAGGCAACACGGUAGAGGCCUUCGCAGCACCGGAUGGUUCAGCCAACCCCGACAAUAACUUGACUGCUUGGGUCUGGUCGUCCCAGUGCCCAGGGGAAAUGCUCAACAGGAUUCACGGAGCAGCAAGCAUUCGCUUGUAA